AUGGAAACCGAGGAGGACAGCAAGGUAAAUUCAUGGAGACUAUGCUCCGUACAACAAGUUGAGGAUUUUAAAAACCUGUUGCGAAUUUUCCCGUUACUGUCGAGUGGCGUAUUAAUGUGCACGACACUGCCGGUUAUAAGCACCUUAACAAUCCUCCAAACUCUAACCCUCGAUCGCCGUCUCGGGCCAGAUAUGAAAGUCCCAGCAGGGUCAAUGAUAGUGUUCAUAUUAACCUCAACAGCUAUCAACCUCACAUUGAUUGAUCGGUUCCUUUUUCCGCUAUGGCAGAAGAUGACCUUAAGAUCGCCGAUGCCCCUUCACCGUAUUGGACUCGGUCACUUAUUUAACAUGACAGGUAUGGCUGUUGCUUCCUUGGUGGAAUCAAGAAGGCUAAAACUGGCUCAAACCCAUAGUGUUUUGGACCAUCCAGGGUCCGUUGUCCCUAUGUUUGUACUAUGGUUAGUGCCCCAACUAAUCUUGGUUGGACUCGGUGAAGCAUUUCAUUAUCCAGGACAAGUCACGUUGUAUUACCAAGAAUUUCCGAAGCCGUUGAAAAGCACCGCAGCAGCAAUGAUUUCAGUUGUCGUUGGAUUCGCCUACUAUCUAAGCACCACCGUGAUUGAUUUGGUUCGAAGGGUCACGACGUGGCUGCCAGAUGAUAUAAACAACGGGAGACUCGGGAAUGUGUAUUUGAUGUUUGCAAUGAUGCAGAUGUUGAACUUCUUUUAUUUCCUGUUUUGUGCAAAGUGUUAUAAGUAUCAUAGUGUGGAGGGAGGAAAUAAAAACAGUGAUGAUGAGAGUUCUAAAAGCUGA